ACAUUUAUGGGUAAUGGGGUCAAUCUGUCAUGUCACGGGUUUGGAGAUUAGUCGAUCAAGGUCUACGACUCUACCGUUAAACAUUUUAGGAGUAUUAGGGAGGAACUCAGAAACACCAGUUUGUUUGUGAUUACAGAGAGAGAGAUGGCGUUGGUGUGGUUGGAAGCAGUACUGCCAUUGGGGAUCAUAGCAGGGAUGCUGUGUGUGAUGGGCAAUGCUCAGUACCACAUUCACAAAGCCGCUCAUGACCGUCCUAAACACAUAGGCAACGACAUGUGGGAUGUGGCCAUGGAAAGACGGGACAAGAAGCUCGCUUAUUCCUCAAAUUAGACCCUCCCAGUUACCCAUUCUUUUCUGUGUUGUGAUUCCUGUCUGCGCGCACAGUGGUCAUGCCUGUAGAGUUGAGGAAAACAAGGUCCAUGCAAAGUAAUGGGGCGUGGAUUUCAUUGUCAAGCUUAUAAUUCCGGAUUACCAGUGCUGGACUUCUUGCCAGCGUACUCAUGCAAGAUGGAAACAAGUUCUCUUCAUCGUUGUCAUCUGCAUUCUGAAGAUAACCUCGUGAAGGAACAAAGGUGGUUAUGGAGACAAGCUCUCUUCAUUGUUUUCAUCUGCAUUCUGAAGAUGACAUCGUGAAGGAACAAAGGAGCGUUUGUGAUUGUAGGGGUGGGAGGCAUUGAGAAAUAAAUGACAGAAAUGUUUAGCUCAUGUGCACAUAUGGUGCAUGGCAGCAUACUACCAUGCCUCCUCAUUGGGGUGUAUUGGAAAUCAAUGGCGUACUGUGUUUGUUUAGUGACAUUAUUUGUCUUUAACUAGAAGGCUUAUUAUGAGAUGCAAAUGAUGAUCUUUGAAGUGCUAUUUGAAAUAUUAUUAAGUGGUCUGUGGG